AUGGCUCUCGAAAGCCUCGAUAUGCGACAGCAUAUGGAAAGAGAGCUGUUGAAAGAUGAAGCCCUCGCUCAAGCCAAAAUCCUAAACUUGGCUUCCCACAACGAUGAACCCCAGUGGGCCGUGGCUAUCUCUUUGUCCAAGUCGGCCAUACAAGACCAGGCAAAUACCUCGAGCAUCAUUAAAAGGGCCCGUAAAGCCCUUCGGAAACUGAAAGAUCAAAAUAAGGACGAAAAAUUUCCAAUUCCCAAGAAAUGGACUGUUCUCGACGAGCUUCCAACGACCCCGCAGGGGCAGGUGGAUGAGAGAGCCCUCUAUCGCCUGCUGACUGCUUGGGAUAUGGCCGAAUCCAAUCUCUCACCAAAAGAAAAGAGAGCACAUAUAGCUGCCGAAGUAGCUCGCGCUGAUAAUAACCGAAUUCCUCACGACGAGAUACCUACGAAAGAAACAGAGCUAGUGUUACGAGAACUGUGGGGCAGAGUGCUCAAUCUUGAACCUCAGGAUAUAGGUAUCAAGGAUAAUUUUCUGAUCCUUGGCGGAGAUUCGAUCAACGCCAUAGAGCUUGUUGCAUUGGCCGAGCGAUAUGGGAUUGGAUUAAAGGUCACCACAAUAGUUGGCAACCCUGAGCUCCAAAAGAUGGCCGCCAUGGCAAUCAUGGAUGAGGAAAAUAGCGACGCGUAUAAUGCCGAGCCUCUGAGUUUGCUGCCACAGAUGGAAGUCGAUGAAGUCACGAGAGAAAUUCGGACCAAGUGUGGGCUGGCAGAUGAUGAUAUCGUCCAGGAUGCCUUCCCCUGCACAGCCCUUCAGGCUGGUAUCAUGGCACUAUCAGAGAAGCAGCCUGGCUCGUACAUGACGAGACAGAUUUACGAAUUGCCAAGCCAUGUUGACAUCCCGCGAUUCAAGACGGCAUGGGAAGCGACAGUGGAACGCUGUGACAAUCUUCGUACCCGAGUGCUGCCUGUUAAUGGCCGGACGAUCCAAGCAGUGAUUAAAGAUGAUACUGCUUGGGAAGAUUCCGCUGGUGAAACAAUCGAUUCGUUCGUAGCGAAAUCCAAGGGCAUAACAAUGACCUAUGGAACACGCCUGUGUCGGUAUGGAUUAGUGAAAGAUGCAGAUGGCAAGUCAUACUUUGUCUGGGUCAUUCACCACGCUGUAUUUGAUGGAUUAACUGCGCGCCUCAUCCUCGACAGCUUGUAUCAGACGUACAAUGGCCAAGCACAAGGCAUCUUACGGCCAUACUCGAGCUUCAUCAAGUACAUCACAUCGAUUGAUGAGAAUGCCGCGAGAAAUUUCUGGAAGACGCAGCUUCAAGACGCCCGCCGGGCUAACUUUCCUCGUAACUUGAGCGCAAGAUCCGACAUGGUCAGCCGUGUAAUGACAAGGGGGAUUUCAUUUCCCUACACAGCUGAAAUCCCUGUCACAAAGGCGACAAUACUGAGAGCUGCUUGGGCUAUCAUCUUGGCCCGAUAUUGCGAUACAGAUGAUGUAUGCUUUGGGACGACUGUUUCUGGAAGACAGGCCGCCGUUCCUGGAAUCAACCAGAUGCCUGGAUUUGUGAUUGCUACAGUCCCAAUUCGGAUUCGCCUCCAGCGUGGCGAGUCUGUUGCUACAUUCUUGCAAAGUGUCCAGGCUCAAGCGUCUGAAAUGGUUCCAUUUGAGCAAUAUGGGCUACAAAAUAUCGCAAAACUCAGUGAAGAUGCGAGAGAUGCGUGCGAUUUCUCCAACUUAUUCGUGAUUCAACCAGCAAGGUCUCUGGCCUCUAUGGCAGAUUCUGGAUCCAAAGACGCGAUAUUGCUGCGUGGCAGUGCUGCGGAGAAGAAACUAUCCGACUCAUCUACACAGAAUUACUUCAACUAUCCACUCGUCCUUGAAGCUCUCCUUGAUGACGGUCGCGUUGAUCUACAAAUCACAUAUGACUCGAAUUCAAUCACUGGUGACGCACUUGAGGCAUUGUUCCAUCACUACGAGCAUGUUGUUCAGCAGCUUUUUCAAGCGUGGAACCAGCCGCUCAGUACAAUAGAAGUUAGUGGAGAAUGGGACUCAGAGUGCGCAAAGAGGUUCAAUCCAGAGACGCCAGAGAUUGUGGAUCUUUGCAUCCACCAAAUGUUUGAGAACCAAGCCUUAAGACGGCCAACUGACCUUGCGAUCUGCGCUUGGGAUAAGACUUUCACAUAUAGUGAGCUCAGCAGGGCAUCAAAUAGGCUAGCCCAUCAUCUUGUGAACAAGCUCUCUAUACAGAAGGAAGAUUUGGUUCACGUAUGCUUCGAAAAGUCGGCCUGGUUUAUCAUCGCCAUACUAGCCAUCAACAAGGCCGGCGCGGCCUGGGUUCCUUUAGACCCUUCGCAUCCGGAAAAAAGGCUGAAACAAGUCGUCUCGCAGACCAGGGCAAAGGUUGCCUUGGCCUCAUCGACAUACUCAUCGCUAUGUGCUGGUCUUGUUGACUCUGUUGUGGAAGUGUGUUCGGCUUUAGAUGAGAAACUCGUACACUACGAAUGCAGCGCACGAGGACCGAAAGUCAACGUAUCACCACGGAACGCUGCAUAUGUAUUAUUUACGUCUGGAAGCACAGGAAUCCCCAAAGGCUUGGUAAUGGAACAUGGGUCUGUUUGCACAAGCCAAGUGGCGAUUGCCAAACGACUUAGCAUGACGCCUCGCGUUAGGAUGUUGCAGUUUUCUGCGUAUGUAUUCGAUGUCUCCGUGGGAGAAAUUGUACAGCCGCUUAUUACCGGUGCAUGUUGCUGUGUGCCCUCGGAAGCUUUGCGCAUGAACAAUCUUGCCCAAUUUAUUCGUGACAGGCGUGUCAACUGGGCUUACUUUACGCCUUCAUUCGCGAGAACCAUUAGCCCCAAAGAGGUUCCGGACCUUGAGCUCAUGUUAUUCAUCGGAGAAGCCGUACAGCGCGACGUCUUUGAUAUGUGGGUUGGGAAAACGAGGCUUAUAAACGCCUGGGGGCCUGCAGAGACCUGUGUCUUCAGCAGUAUUCAGGAGUGCCAUUCGACAGAGGAGUCCAAUCUUAAUAUUGGGCGACCAGUUGGGGCCUUUUGUUGGAUUGUUGAUCCUACAGAUCCUCAGCGGCUGGCACCGAUUGGAACUGUAGGUGAAAUCGUCGUUCAAGGCCCGACGGUGUUGCGGGAAUAUCUCCAUAAUCCGGAAAAGACAAAUGAAGCAAUUGUCACUACAGUACCUGAGUGGGCACCUUAUCAUGAGUCACGAUACUGGAACAGAUUUUAUAAAACAGGAGACUUGGCUUAUUACAAUCCUGAUGGAACUAUGGAGUUUCUUAGCCGCAAGGACACCCAAGUCAAGAUCCGUGGUCUUCGCAUCGAAGUUGGUGACAUUGAGCAUCACAUUCAAAAUUCCAUGAAAAGUGUAUGCCAAACGGUCGUGGAUGUCUUCAAGGCCGAGACAGGCUCUCUGUUGGUGGCCUAUAUCUGCUAUACAAAAGAAAGACGGGCGACUAGCAAGGUCAACAUUGAGAAUGACGAUAUUUUCUUGCCAUUCACAGACGGAAUACGAUCACAAGUCACAGAAAUUAUUGGCGAACUCAGUAUUUUACUCCCACCUUAUAUGAUCCCUAAAGUCUUUAUUCCGUGCCAUUUUAUGCCAGUUGUAUCGUCGGCAAAGCUGGACAGGAAUAAGCUGCGAGACACCACACAGAGAUUGAGUCGACAUGAGUUGGCACAAUAUUCCUUGGCAUCUAGUAACACAAGGAGACCUGAGACAGCCGCCGAGAUUCGCAUGCAGCAGUUAUGGGCAGGAGAGUUGAAGAUUGCGGCAGAGUCUGUAGGACGAGACGACAGCUUCCUGCACCUGGGUGGCGAUUCUCUGGUGGCCAUUCAGCUUGUAACAUCGGCCCGGAAGGUAGGCCUAUCACUCACUGUCAAAGACAUCUUUGAUGAUCCUCGACUAUGGGCUGUAUCACAGAGAGCCAUUGAGAUUGACGCCAGCGCUGCUGCACUGCACGAGAUUCGCCCAUUUAGUCUUUUGAACGGCUACAUGAGCACCGCUAAUGCUAUAGAAACAUUGAGGAAAUUGUGUAAUCUGUCAGAAGAAUCCAUUAUUGAAGAUGCAUUCCCGUGUACCUCACUCCAAGAGGGUCUCUUGGCAAUGUCGACUACUCAGCCAGGUUCAUACAUUGCCAAACAGCUGUACCGAUUGCCAUCGGACGUAAACAUUGCCAAGUUCCAAGCGUCAUGGGAGGAAACUGUCAGGAUGUGCUCUAAUCUGCGAACAAGAAUCGUCUUUGUUGACGAUACCUGUGUCCAGGUCGUGGUAAAAGACGACAUUGCUUGGGAUUUAGCUGAGGAGACAGGUCUCGAUGCUUAUUCACAGUCAUCCCAAAAUCUGACAAUGGCCUAUGGAUCGCGACUCUGCCGCUAUGCAAUCAUUCGAGAGAGUGACGAUGUCGCUUAUUUUGCUCUUAAUGCUCAUCAUUGCGUAUUUGAUGGAUGGAGUCUGCCGCUCAUCUUCAAUACGCUCUCCGGGAUAUAUCACGGCAAGGCUGUACCAGAACUCACACCUUAUGCCCAUUUCGUCAACUAUGCAAUUAGCUUGGAUAGAGACGCAGCUGGGAAUUACUGGCGUUCCCACCUUCAAGACGCCCAGCCAGCUUCAUUCCCCUCUGUUGAAGAGGCGCAAUCACAGGGCAAGGUGACUCGUGUGAGAACUCAUAGCAUCCAAUUUCCUCAGCCUGUUAACCGAUCGGUUACCAAAGCAUCAAUCCUGCGUGCUGCCUGGGCAAUUGUGCUCGCCAGAUAUAGUGACACGAAUGACAUCUGUUUUGGUACUAUAACCUCGGGCCGUAAUGCCAACAUGCAUGGCUUAGAAUCGGUUCCCGGAUUAGUCGUUGCGACCGUACCCGUCCGAGUUCGGCUUGAUAGCCAGAAGUCAAUUAAAUCGUUCCUUCAGAAUGUUCAUAAUCAAGCCAUCGAAAUGAUUCCAUUUGAGCAAUAUGGCCUACAGAAUAUUUCGAAGCUGAGCAAGGAAUCUCAGCAGGCGUGCGAGUUUACUAGUCUUUUAGCAGUGCAACCGGCCUAUACGCAUGAUGCUGCUGACUCUCUACUAACUUCAGUCAAUUCUGAAGGCGAUCUUUAUGAGAAAAUGCUACAGAACUACCUCAGUUACCCACUGGCACUGCAGUGUUGUUUAGGAGAAGAUCAAGUCGCAUUGGAGUUCAUAUACGAUGAAACCGUGCUCUCUGACUGGAGGGUCCAGGCGUUAUCAGUACACUUUGAUAAUGUUGUGCGACAACUAUGCAAGCAAGAAGAUAGUAACCUCGGUUCUAUCACGAUAGCUGGCUCAUGGGAUCUCAAGCAUGCCACAGAAUUGAAUCCUCCAAUAAGUGUUGUUGAAAGCUGCGUUCCUGACUUGAUAUCUGAACAAGUUAUGAAGAGGCCGGAGCAUGAAGCCGUUUUCUCGACUGAACGAUCUUUUACAUAUGCAGAGCUCAACCGGCUAUCCAGCCUUCUGGCUUCCCAUCUCUCAGAUUUAGGAGUAGGACCAGAUGCCAUUGUUCCGUUUUGCAUGGAAAAGUCCGUUUGGGUAAUUGUUGCUAUGCUCGCUAUCAUGCAAUCAGGUGGAGCAUAUCUUCCACUUGACCCCUCACAUCCGAUCAAUCGAAGACGGACGAUUGUGGAAGAAGUUGGUGGUGGUAUAAUCAUAGUGUCACCUUUAACGUCUUCAACGUGCGAUCAGCUGGCCAAACAAAUUAUUGUUCUAUCACCUUCGCUAAUGGAGGAUUUGUCCACAUCUCCUCAGCAUGCUCUCAAGAAAACAAAGAAGUGUUCUCCCGACAAUGCUGCGUAUGUGUUAUUUACUUCGGGCUCAACAGGAAAACCAAAAGGCACAGUUAUCGGCCAAUCUGCCGCUUGUACCAAUAUCUUGGACUACGGCAAGAUUACGGGAUGGAAUGAAUAUUCGAGAUGUCUCCAAUUUUCAUCUUACACAUUUGAUCUUAGCGUGGCAGAAAUCUUUUGCACGCUUGCACGCGGUGGCACCAUAUGUAUACCAUCCGAAACGGAGCGUUUACAGAGCAUUCACGACUUCAUGCAAAGAGCAAAUGUCAACAUUGCUAAUCUCACACCAUCAUUUGCUCAAAUACUGGAUCCAAAUGAGAUCCCUCAAUUAAAAACACUGGCUUUCGCCGGCGAGGCAGCUACUCGAGAUUCGCUAGACACAUGGUGUGAACAUGUUAAACUCAUCAACGCAUAUGGCCCGACAGAGGUUACUAUGGUUUGUACUACACACGAGUUUAACAUAGAUGACAAGCCUACAAACAUUGGCCGACCUUUUAAUAGCGCCUGUUGGAUCGUUGAGCCGCAUGAUUAUCACAAGCUUGCGCCUAUUGGUUGCGUUGGCGAGCUGGUUGUCCAAGGACAUACCCUGAGUCGUGGCUACAUAAAUGAGCCUGAGAAGACGAAGGCGGUAUUUCUCUCAGACCUUCAGUUUGCUACGUCCGGGCCGCGCCAUUUUUAUUUGACCGGUGACUUGGUGAAAUACAAUGAUAGAGGAGAAAUGGAGUAUCUUGGCCGGAAGGAUAAGCAGGUCAAAAUUAGAGGACAACGUGUGGAACUCGGAGAAAUCGAAGCUAGCAUCAAGCGCAUUAGACCGGAGGUUGCUCAGGUCGGCGCUGAGGUUUUGCGACGGGAAGCUGGUGAUAUCCUGGCUGCAUUUAUAUCCUUCAAAGAAGAACACAACAACCCACUGACAGAUUUUUUUUUUCCAUUGGAUCAAAAAAUGCGUGUGCGUCUUGUUUCGCUGGUUGAUCAACUGAAAGAAGAACUGCCAAGCUACAUGGUGCCCACGCUGACUAUACCUCUUCGUGAGUUACCGUUCAAUGCAGCGAUGAAGCUGGAUAGAAGCAAAUUGCAGGCUUCAGUAAAGGAUUUUACAAUGGAGGAGCUCAUGUCAUACUCUUUGAAUGAGAGAGAUAGAGUCGCUCCAACAACAGAGAUGGAGCUAAAACUACAAGACCUAUGGGCUCGUGUGCUAAAGAUUGAGACUGAAACGAUUGGGAAGAAUGACCACUUCCUCCAAACUGGCGGUGAUUCCCUUUCCGCAAUUCGACUUUCUUCUCUGGCAAACCAACAAGGAAUCAAGCUGUCCGUAGCAACGAUAUUUUCUGUUCCUAAGCUGUCAGCCAUGGCCGCCGCCGUGAGCGUGGGAGAUGUCGAGAAAGACCUUCAAUUGUCACCAUUUAGCCUACUUCCCUUCGAAGUGACAGACUCUGUUACAAAAAUUAUCCGAGAAAAGUGCAACUUAUCAGACAGUCACAUCAUUCAAGACAUAUAUCCCUGCACUGCCUUCCAGGAAGGUCUAAUGGCUUUGGCUGCAACCCGACCUGGCUCCUACAUUGCGAAAAAUAUCUACAAAAUUCCUGCUCACCUUGAUGUAGUCGCGUUCAAAAAUGCCUGGGAACGAACGAUUGAGUUGUGUGACAAUCUCCGAACACGGAUUGUGUCCGUUGAUGGGGCUUUCCUUCAAGUGGUGUUGGAUCGUGAUGUCUCGUGGGAUACGGCCUCGUCAUUGGACAUUCAGUCUUGUGUAUCAGAUUCACAGCAUACUAGAAUGAAUUAUGGAUCACGGCUUUCGCGCUAUUGUAUUCUGAAGGAUCAAAGUGGCGAAACAUAUUUCUUCUGGACAAUUCAUCAUGCCGUUUUUGACGGAUGGAGUCUCGGUGUCAUCAUCAACACAUUAACGGCAUUGCUGAGAAAUCACGCCUUGCCAAAUCUCUAUCCAUUUCGGAACUUUAUUGAAUACUCAUUGGAUCUGGACACUAAGGCGGCAAAUGAGUACUGGAUCAAUCAGUUACAAGAUGCAAAUCGGGCUUCAUUUCCCUCUCGACCGACACGGCGACAACCCUGCUCUGAACCGAAGAGGACCAGCGUCUUCGUGAGUAACGUUAAGCUUUCUGCCUCUACGCGUAGUUCCAUAACGAAGGCUACGAUUAUGAAAACUGCCUGGGCCAUGGUUCUUGCCAAAUACUGCGACAGUAAUGAUGUGUGCUUCGCAACAACGGUAGCUGGGCGGAAUGCACCUGUAGCCGGGUUAGAGUCAAUGUCAGGGCCGACGAUUGCAACAGUGCCUGUGCGCAUCCGUCUCGACAAUAAUGAGAAAUUGGUAGAGCUGCUUGAUAGAGUUCAGAUUCAAGCCUCUGAAAUGGUCGCAUAUGAGCAGUUUGGCCUCCAGAAUAUUACCAAACUAAGCCCGCAGAUAAAAGAAGCGUGCGACUUUUCUAGUUUAAUGGUGGUACAACCUGCUGAAACGAAGGACUCCGAUCCAGUCCUUAUAUCCCUGAAUUCGGACGAAAAGAUCGCAGAAGAAGCUUUACAAAACUAUUUCACUUACCCUCUAAUUCUUCACUGUUUCCUAGGGGAGGGAACAGUGAAACUAGCCUUCAUCUACGAGACUAGCGCGCUUGCAGAAUCCCAAAUAAAGGCCCUCUCGUUUCAAUUUGACAAUGUUAUUCAACAGCUGAAUGCGUCUGCCGAUUUAAGCGUUGGAGAUGUUAAUAUUGCUGGAAGUUUCGACUUAGAAUACGCCAUGGCAGCAAAUGGUCAACCUCCUGAUGUCGUUGAAGAAUGUGUUCAUACACUUAUAGAAAGGGUGGCCGUAAGACAUCCAGACUUGCCCGCCGUAUCUGCCUGGGACGCAAGAUUUACCUACAAGGAGCUUGAUACCAUUGCCAACAGACUUGCAAACUAUCUCGUCUCCUUUUUCGGCCCUCAAUUAGGAGACAUAGUACAUGUUUGCUUUGAAAAGUCAGCCUGGUAUGUGGUAGCCACUCUAGCGAUUAGCAAAGCUGGCGCGACAUGGUCACCUCUUGAUCCUUCUCAUCCACAUGAUCGGCAUAAACAAGUUGUCAGCCAGACUGGAGCAUCACUUGCCUUAGCUUCUCCCGAAAAUGUGUCAAAAUGUGUUAAUCUGGUCAAAAAUACCCUUCAAGUGGCAGAUAGACUGAAUGCCCAAUUGAUCAACGAUGGUUGCUAUGAAAACAAACCUCAAGUUAGAGUGACAGCACAACAUGCUGCCUACAUCCUCUUCACUUCAGGUAGUACUGGUACUCCAAAAGGCGUUAUAAUUGAACAUGGUGCUCUGUGUAGCGCUCAAAUGGCCGCCAGCAAACGGCUCGGGUUCGGUCCAGGCGUGAGAAUGCUACAGUUUGCGUCGUUUGUCUUUGAUGCGUCAGUCGCAGAAAUCAUCACGCCCUUGAUAUCUGGUGCUUGUCAAGAACAAGUUAAUUGGGCUUUGUUGACUCCCUCGUUUGCUCGUACAUUACAUGCGGAUGAUGUGCCCAGUCUUAAGCUGCUUAUCUUAGGAGGUGAAGCGGUAGGACGAGAUGUGUUCGAUCUGUGGUUUGGUAAGCUUCGAUUAUUCAACGCUUGGGGACCUACAGAGACUUGCGUGUAUGGAGCCAUCCACGAGUGGCAAUCUACAUGUAGUGAAGAAUCGCAGCUGACUAUCGGGCGGCCGCUUGGUGGUUUUUGCUGGAUUGUCGAGCCAAACAAACCCCAGAAGCUGGCUCCUAUAGGGACUGUUGGCGAACUUGUUAUUCAAGGUCCAAAUCUGUUCCGCGAAUAUCUAGCAGAUGCGAAGAAAACCGCUGCAGCAACCAUACAAGUCCCGGAUUGGGCGCCAUACCGCGAUUCAAAACACUGGAGCCGCUUCUACAAAACAGGAGAUUUGGCCAUGUAUAACCCGGAUGGAACAAUCCACUAUAUUGGCCGUAAAGAUAUGCAAGUCAAGAUUCAUGGUCUCCGUGUUGAGCUAGGAGAAAUAGAGCAUCACAUUCAUACUGGAUUAGACGGGGUUUGUCAAGUUGCUGUUGAUGUGCUGAAAACAGAUGUUUCCUCCAAUCUGGUGGCGUUCCUCUGUUUUAAUGACGAUACAAUACCCGCUGGUUCGGCUGUCCUAAAAGAUCUUAUCUGCUCACUCACAGACGAUUUGAAGAGCUCGUUUCACAGUCUUCGCGAGCACCUCAACUCUGCUCUACCGGCGUAUAUGAUACCGACGUUCUUUAUCCCUUGCAAGGCUAUACCACUGGCUACGUCUGCGAAAAUGGAUCGAAAAAUACUACUUGAACUGAUCGCACAACUUGAUAGUCAGGAUUUGAACCAAUACACACUGGAUGUCGAAGAAAGAAAUAAAGAAGCUCCAGUGUCGUAUAUGGAACGCCGCCUCCAAAGGUUAUGGAGUGAGAUUCUUCAUAUCCCGCAAGAAUCCAUUUAUCGGGAUACCAAUUUCCUUGGGAUUGGUGGUGACUCUGUUGCAGCCAUUCGACUUGUUUCUUACGCUCACCACCAAGGCAUUCUGUUCAAUGUCAGCGAUGUGUUUGAGGAUCCUCUUUUACUCGCCGUAGCGACCAAAGCUCGUUUGCUAGCGGAGGACAUCGAAGAUACUUCUGUUGAACCAUUUAGUUUGCUAGAACGGGAGUAUGAGAAUAUUGCAACAAGCGACUCAACAAAGUCUCUCCCUGGACUAUCCAGCGAAAACGAGAUUGAGGACGCAUAUCCAUGUUCCAGACUUCAAGAAGGGCUAAUGGCUCUAGCAGUCAAGCAACCGGGAUCGUAUAUCGCGAAAUUUAUCUAUCGUCUUUCUGAUGACACGGAUGUUCCCACGUUCAAGGGUGCAUGGGAGCGUACCGUUAAGAUUGCCACAAAUCUGAGAACCCGAAUCAUUCAGUCGGGCGGCCAAUCCAUUCAAUUAGUCGUUAAGGAAGACGUCCCAUGGGAUCAUAUUCGCAGUACCUCACUGGAAGAUUACAUGCAGGAACUUCAAGGCGUUCAAAUGAACUAUGGCUCCCGCCUUCGCCGUGAUGCGAUUCUUACAGACGAAGCUCAUAGAAAGACAUACUUCAUUCUAACACUCCAUCACGCUGUUUUUGAUGGUUGGUCCAUAAGAAAUAUCUUCAACAUGCUACAAAGGCUGUACUACGGUGUCAAUGACAUGAGCAUUCAGCCAUAUUCUAGGUUCAUACAGUAUACCUUGGAAUUGAACAAUGAAGACACCGUUAAGUAUUGGACGGCACAACUUCAGGGAUCUAAGCCAGCUUCAUUCCCAAAGAAAGCCAAUUCGGAUUCGGCUGCAGGAAAUACUGACAAUGCUGGUAUCGUGAAUAAGAUGAUUGGGGUUUCUGCAAUAGCUACCCCCAGCAUAACAAUGGCCACAAUAUUGCGAGCUGCUUGGUCUAUUGUUUUAGCUCGGUACUGCGAAACAGAAGACAUUUGCUUUGGAGCCACUGUGUCAGGCAGACAAGCUCCAGUGCCUGGGUUGGUCGAUAUGCUGGGGCCUAUCAUCGCAACAAUACCUGUGAGACUCCGAAUUGAUCCCAAACAGUCUGUCUCCGAUUUUCUACAUUAUGUGCAGGGGCACGCUACCGAGAUGGUUCAGUAUGAACAGUUUGGUAUACAGAGCAUUUCAAAGGUCAGCAAUGAUGCCAAAGAUGCCUGUGAUUUCUCGAGUCUCUUCGUUGUCCAGCCAAUGCAAUCUCUCCUCGGAAAUGGCGAUGAGAGCAUCAUGGUCGCUACAGAAGAAGGAAAAAACGCGAACGCUUUCCACAACUAUUUCAGUUAUCCUCUAAUCAUUCAAGGACACAUAUACGAAAGUCAAAUCGAAAUCGUCCUCAUUUAUAAUAAGAAUGUCCUCUCAGAACCACAAUUGAUCGCACUUGCGCACCAACUUGAACAUGCGGCGCAGCAGCUUGCUGCUCAGACAGACAUGGUUCUUGGGGAUAUACCAAAAUCAUCAAGCUGGGACAUCCAACAGGCAGCCAGAUUUAACCCUGAGCUACCAGAUAUUGUCGAUUCAUGUGUGCACACCCUUAUUGAGAAGCAGGCGAUGAUUCGGCCAGACGCCCUAGCGAUUGAUGCAUGGGAUGGCAGAUUCACAUAUGCAAGUUUGAAUCAGUCCGCAAAUCGUCUGGCACAUCAUUUGAUCAACAAUUAUAGUAUAAAGACUGGCGACCUUGUGCACGUCUGCUUUGAGAAAACUGCCUGGUUUGUAAUAUCCAUAUUAGCCAUCAAUAAAGCUGGAGCCACUUGGAUACCACUUGAUCCAUCCCACCCGCCCCAGCGGCUUGUACAGAUUGUUUCUCAAACAAAAGCAACCGCUGUCUUGACAUCGACUACAAAUGCAUCAAUUUGUAAAGCACUAUUCUCAAAUCUAAUUGAAGUUACCAAAUCACUUGAUGAAAAACUAGCAAAAUCGUCAAAGCAUGGUGAAGGAGAAUGUCCCGAGACGAGCGUAUCCCCUCGUGAUGGGGCCUACAUGCUAUUCACAUCCGGUAGUACAGGAACGCCUAAAGGUUUCUUGAUGGAGCACGGUGCUGUUUGUACUAGUCAGACUGCCAUUGCAAAGAGACUCGCGCUUACGCCGGAAGUCAGGAUGUUGCAGUUUGCAUCAUAUGUAUUUGACAUGUCCGUUGGUGAGAUUAUUCUAGCAUUGGUCUCGGGUGCUUGUGUAUGCAUACCUUCAGACCACACUAGGAUGAAUGGCUUGAAGGAUUACAUUCGUCAGAUGAACAUCACAUGGAUGUGGUCCACUCCAUCCUUCAUCAAAACCAUUAAGCCGCACGACAUCCCGAACAUGAAGCUGGUAAUUUUAGCUGGGGAGGCUAUUCCACGAGAUGUAUUGGCUACUUGGUUUGGCAAAGUCCGCCUAAUAAAUGGCUGGGGACCUGCUGAAACAUGUGUUUGCAGCACUCUCCAUGAGUUCACUUCUAUUCAUGAAUCGUCUUUAACUAUAGGCAGACCCGUCGGUGGUUUAUGUUGGAUUGUAGACCCUGAUGACCCUUCGAAGCUCUCUCCUAUAGGCACCAUCGGUGAAAUUAUCAUCCAAGGUCCAACUUUAUUACGAGAGUACCUUGGCGACUAUGAACGGACGAAUAAGACAAUUAUAACCUCUUUUCUCGACUGGGGUCCGCAUCGAGAUUCGCAACAUUGGAGUCGAUCUUACAAGUCUGGCGAUUUGGGCUUCUAUAACCCAGAUGGCACCAUUGAAUUUUCAGCUCGAAAAGACACACAAGUCAAGAUUCGAGGUCUUCGUGUGGAGCUGAGUGAAGUCGAACACCAUUUUCAGCUCGCUUUCCCUCAAGCGAAGCAGGUGGCAGUCGACGUAUUCCGAUCCGAUGGUGGAGCGAAUUUGGUCGCAUACUUUUGCCUAAGUGGUGAGACAAAGACUGAAGACGAUGAUGGUAGGGAUGGUAGCAAAGAUGAUGGUCCAUUCCUGUCUAUUGACGAUGAACUACAAUCUCGUUUGACGGCAGUCGUCGGUGAACUAACGGUCGCAUUGCCGCGGUAUAUGGUCCCAACCCUCUUCAUCCCCUGUAGCUAUAUGCCAGUCAUCAUUUCCACAAAACUCAACCGGAAAAAACUUCGACAAUUAACAGCUACAUUAGAGCAACAAGAUCUUGCCCUAUAUUCACUGAUUGGAACUCAGAAACGCGCUCCCGAGACACCCAUGGAGAGACUGCUGCAAAAAAUCUGGGCGGAAAUCUUAAACAUUUCGAUGGAUUCAAUUGGUCGUGAUGAUAGCUUUUUAGCCCUUGGUGGUGACUCAAUUGCGGCAAUUCAUUUGGCUAACACUGCUCGUGAGGAUAGAAUAUUGUUGACUGCGAAGAAUAUCUUUGAUGAUCCCCGUUUGCUAACAGUUGCCGCAACAGCCAAGACCUUGGAUACAAUGGAAGAUGAAGUCUCUGAUCUAUCGCCAUUCGACCAACUCGAUAAAAACACACGACAAUGGGUGACUGGAAAAUCUUUGGCAGCACAACUUCAACUAUCGGGCAGCCAGUCGGUUGAAGAUGCCUACCCCUGCACUAAAUUGCAAGAGGGCUUGAUGGUCCUCAGUUUGAGACAGCCAGGUUCAUAUAUCGCAAAAUAUAUAUAUAGGCUGUCUAAAGACUUGGAUAUCGACCGAUUCAAAUUAUCCUGGGAUGAAACUAUUGCGUCUUGCGGAAUAUUGCGAUCACGUCUUGUUCUUCACGAGGGAACGUGUAUUCAGGUCGUGAUUAAUGAUGAUAACCUAUGGGAAGCUUCUAGCGGCAACUUGGAAGAUGCGAUGGAGAAAGCUAAAUCCCUUCGAAUGUCAUAUGGCUGGCAGUUAUCGAACUUUGCUAUCACAAAAGAUGAUGAUGGAAACAAUUACUUCUUGUGGACCAUUCAUCAUGCAAUUCAUGACGGGUGGACAAUCCCACUCAUCUUGCAAACGUUCUAUCAAUCUUACCACGAGCGUAUGCUAUUCAUUCCACAGCCGUUUUCUAAGUUCAUCUACCAUUUGUCGCAAAUGGAUGAGUCUGCUGGUCGUGCUUACUGGACGAAACAGCUCGAAAAUGCCAAGCCGGCUGCAUUUCCAGCACCGAAACUUGCUCGUACUUCUACGGGGACGACCCAAACCUGUGCUUUGACUACAAACAUCAACUUCCCAACUUCAACUAAUUCAUUGAUUACAAAGGCAACAAUUAUUCGCGCAGCUUGGGCAAUUGUCCUGGCAAAAUAUUGCGAUAGUGACGAUGUUUGUUUUGGCGCCACUACAUCAGGUCGUCAAGCAUCGCUGGAUAGCUUAUUAGAAAUAGCAGGACCAACAGUAGCCACAGUGCCGGUCCGAAUUCGUAUAGACCGUGAGCAGCUAAUAACAGACUUUUUGCAAGAUGUUCAACGUCAAGCAACUGAUAUGAUACCAUAUGAGCAAUUCGGUUUACAGAACAUCUCCAGAUUGAGCCCCGAAGCUAAGGCAGCGUGCGAUUUCUCUAGCUUAAUGGUGAUUCAGCCCAUGCAAGAGGUCACUGAGGAUAGAAACUCAAGUGGUGUUAUGUCCGCUGUUGACGAUGGGCGCAAUACACAGGAAAGCCAAUUGCAAAAUUACUUCACAUACCCACUGGUUAUUCAAGGACAUGUCUUUGACAACCAUGUGGAUCUUGUUACAAUAUUCGAUACGGCAGUUCUUUCUCUGUCUCAGAUGGAGGCUCUUGCACGUCAAUUCAACAAUGUAGUAGAGCAAUUAGUCCUGAAGCAAGGACAGCAGAUUGAUCAAGUAUCUGUUGCCAGCGCUUGGGAUUUACAGUUCGCUCUACAGCCCAAUAACAAUAUACUUACUAUUAUCGACAGCUGUGUCCACACUCUUAUUUCAAAGCAAGCUGGACAAGCACCAAAUGCCCUUGCUCUUCAUGCUUGGGAUGGUGAACUCACGUACAAUCAGUUGGAGCAGGCGACUAACAGAUUGGCAUCGCAUCUAGUACAUGAAUUCAAUACUCAUAUUGGAGACAUCAUUCAUGUAUGCUUUGAGAAAUCUAUAUGGUACGUUGUGGCUAUCCUUGCCAUCAACAAAGCUGGCGCGGCAUGGGCUCCAAUUGAUCCUGCUCAUCCCGUACAACGACUGCGGCAAGUUGUACAGCAGACGGGCGCUGCCUUGACGAUAUCUUCGGUUUCUCAUGUUUCAUUAUGUGCGGAAUUAACCAAAGAUGUGGUUGUCCUUGGCCCUGAGUUGUAUAAAAAAUUACAGGAUAAGUUUGACAGCAGCAUGCCAAUCAUUGAUGUGACUCCUGAUGAUGUGGCUUAUAUCUUGUUUACCUCAGGAAGUACCGGAAUACCCAAGGGAAUUGUUAUGGAGCAUAGGGCUCUUUGCACAAGCCAGAGAGAUAUCAGUAAGCGGCUGAACCUCACCAGUGACGUGAGGAUGCUUCAAUUCUCGUCAUUUGUUUUUGACGUUUCUGUUGGAGAGAUUAUAUCGCCCCUUAUGCAUGGCGCUUGUGUUUGUAUCCCCGCUGAGGCCAUGAGAUUGAAUGGCAAUCUAGACGAAUUUGUUCGUUUCGCCAAUGUAACGUGGGCGUUCUUGACUCCGUCAUUUACAAGAACAUUAAAACCGGCAAAUUUCGAUAAUUUAAAGCUUCUACUUCUCGCUGGACAGGUUUUUCCACAAGAAAUACUUGACGCGUGGUGCGGAAAACUUCGGCUCAUUAAUGCCUGGGGCCCAGCAGAAACCUGUGUCUUCAGUUCUAUGCAUGAGUGGGAAGACUCUUCAGAAGAUAUUACAAUUAUUGGACGCUCGGUUGGAUCCAAUGUCUGGGUGGUUGACUCUAAUAACCCUCAUCAAUUAGCUCCUGUCGGCUGCCACGGAGAGAUUGUUGUCCAGGGGCCAGCUCUACUUCGUGAAUAUCUUUCUGAUGUUUCAAAAACAUCAGCAGCAAUCAUAAAAGACCUCCCCGACUGGGUGCCUAAUCGCACAAGCAAGGGCUGGGGCCGAUUUUACAAAACUGGUGACAUGGGCUACUACAGCCACGAUGGGAACCUUCACUUCGUCAGCCGUAAAGAUACACAGGUCAAAAUUCGAGGAUUGCGUGUUGAGCUGGGUGAGAUUGAGCACCAGAUACGCAGCGCCCUCAACAGCGCCCAUCAAGUUUCCGUUGAUGUUUUUAGAAAUGGAACCGCCGCUCACCUUGUUGCCUACAUAUGUUUUUCGGACAGCACUAAGACACCACAGCAGAUACUUGAGCAUGAUGGCGAAGAUUUGCUCAUGACUAUGACCGACGGGCUACAAGCUACUCUAAAGGGACUGGCUGGUGCACUACACUUGGCCCUCCCUCGAUAUAUGAUACCAACACUAUUUAUUCCUUUCAACUACCUUCCACUCAUAUCAUCGGCCAAAUUGGAUAGGGUUAAACUCCGCCAAAUGAUCGGUAGCUUUUCUCAUGACCAGUGGAACCAAUUUGCGCUGCUCGAUAGCACACCAAAACGCGGCCCUGAAACUUCUAUGGAAGUCCGUCUACAAUCGAUUUGGGCAAAAGUUUUGGGUAUUCCUGCCGAGGUAAUCGGCCGUGAUGAUAGCUUCUUACAUAUUGGCGGGGAUUCAAUCGGUGCUAUUCAGCUUGUUUCGUUAGCCCGUGAAGCGGGCAUUCACCUCAAAAUAAGCCAAAUCUUCGAAGAUCCGCGACUCAGCCAUCUCGCGUCUACAGCGAUAAACAUUGAUCUAGCCACGACUGGGCUGGAUGACAAGAUUCAACCAUUUUGUCUUCUUGAUCAUUCUACUAAGACUAAAGUCCUCGAUACUGGUCGCCGCGAAGAGUUUGGCCUCUUAGAGAAUGAACUCAUUGAAGACGCGUACCCUUGUACAAAACUUCAAGAAGGUCUCAUGGCUAUCGCAGCUAGGCAACAGGGUUCGUACUUUGCAAAACAUCUCUUCAAAUUGCCGUCUCAUGUCAACAUACCACUAUUUAAAGUAGCAUGGGAACAAACCGUUGCUGCUUGCAGUAAUCUACGGACGAAAAUAAUUCUCGUGGACAAUGUUUCUGUUCAAAUUCAGCUGCAAGACAAUCCCGCUUGGGACUCUGGUUACGAUAGUCUUGCAUCAUAUAAAGGUUCUUGUCAAAAUGCCAAGAUUAACUACAGCUCGGCCCUCUGUAGUUAUGGAUUGUUUCAUGAUAAUGGCGACAACUUCUUUGCUCUCAAUAUCCACCAUGCUAUUUUUGAUGGCUGGAGUUUGUCAUUAGUUUUGCAGACCUUGUCAGCGGCCUACCAAGGCGUAGAUUUACCCAAGCUUGAGCCUUACUCGAAAUUUGUGAAAUAUGUCAGAGAUAUAGAUGAGGAUUCGGCCGCGGAUUAUUGGCAGAAGCAGCUACAUGAAGCGAAGCCGGCAACCUUUACACAGCACAUAAUCACAACCAGCGACCAGCAAACUACUGCAAUACUAAAGCGGAAAAUACACUUCCCGCGUUCGACUAAUGCCACUGUUACCAAAGCCACUGUCCUCCGGGCCGCGUGGUCUAUUAUCCUCUCCCGUUAUUGCGAUUCGGAUGAUGUUUGUUUUGGUUCCGUUGUCUCAGGUCGCAAUGCUUCAGUCUCCGGACUUACCGCUAUAACAGGACUUGUUACACCCACGGUUCCAAUUAGGGUGAAACUUGACCGCAGAUACACUAUAAAGCAAUUCCUGCAAGACAUACAAUCGCAAGCACUAGAGAUGGUGCCUUUUGAACAGUUUGGGCUCCAAAACAUCUCAAAAAUUAGUCAGUAUGCGAAAGAAGCCUGUAACUUCUCCAGCUUGAUGGUAGUUCAGCCAGCGAAGCAGAUGGGAUUUACAGAAAUUGGCAGUAGCUUCAGUCUCUUGCACCCGGCUUCCGAAGACGACAACAUUGAACAAGUGAUUCAAAGCUUUUUUAACUACCCUCUCAUCGUCCAAUGUGACUUGCUUGACGAUGAAGUUGAUUUGUUGCUCAUGUAUGACACAAGCAUGUUUGCUCGUGAUCAACUUGUAGCACUUUCCCAUCAGUUCAGCCAUGUUGUGGAGCAACUCCUUGCCACUGAUGAGAAUAUUGAGCUUGUCGACUCGUGUAUACAUGACUUGAUCUCCGCUCAAGCAUUACGCAAUCCCCACCACGAAGCUAUAUUUUCCUCGGAGAUAUCAAUGACAUAUGGCGAAGUAGAUCAUCUUUCAACACUGUUAGCCAAUCAUCUUCGUCUUCUUAAGGUCACGUCGGGAACGAUGGUCCCCUUCUGUUUUGAAAAGUCGAUAUGGGCGAUUAUAGCCAUGCUUGGAAUUCUCAAGUCCGGUGCUGCGUUCGUUCCACUUGAUCCAUCACAUCCACGAGCCCGUCUAGAGGACAUAGCUAAGGAGACAAAUGCGAAGGUGAUGAUUACUUCUCCAGCCUCUGCCUCAUCCUGUCAGGAUCUUGUGUCACAUAUUGUAGAACUGUCCCCUUCAUUCAUCGUUGCACUUGAAGCCACUGCCAAGCUUAAAUCCGAACACAUAAUCUCGAAACAGUCGACCAGCGAUACUGCCUACGUAAUAUUUACGUCUGGGUCUACGGGCAAGCCAAAGGGUGUCGUUAUUCAACAUUCCGCCCUUUGUACCAACAUGAUUGGCAUAGGUAAAAUACUUGGGACCAGCCCUUCGUCAAGAAUCUUCCAAUUCGCUGGCUAUGUAUUUGAUGCUAUGGUUUAUGAGAUUUUUGUGAUAUUGGUUCAUGGUGGAACAGUGUGUGUGCCUUCAGACGCCGAACGACUUCAAGAUGCGCCGGCUUUCAUUUGCAAGUCGCGAUCUACCGAAGCCCUUCUAACGCCAUCCUUCGCUCGAACGAUUCUCCCAUCUCAAGUCCCUACGCUCAGAAUGCUUAUUGUUGGUGGUGAGCCUGUGUCCAAAGACUUGCUUGAAAUAUGGCACGGUAGAGUUCGUCUUAUCAAUGCAUAUGGUCCAACUGAGGGCUGCGUCAUAGCAACAAUGCACGAUGUUCGAUCAAGCAACGACUCACAUAAAAUUAUCGGGCAAGGAUUUAAUUCUGCUUGUUGGAUCGUCGACUCAGACGAUCGCCGCAGGUUGACUCCUAUUGGAUGCCUUGGCGAGCUUGUAAUUCAAGGUCAUACGUUAUCAUGUGGUUACCUUAACGACUUGGAGAAAACUCGCAAAGCUUUCAGCGACCAUCUUGAUUGUCUACGUUUGACGCAAAACGGCGGGCCGCAGAGGUUCUACUUUACCAGAGAUUUAGUCAGAUAUACCCCAGAUGGACUUCUUGAAUACGUUGGGCGGAAGGAUUUACAAGUGAAGCUUCGCGGCCAACGCCUUGAACUUGGUGAGAUCGAGUAUCACUUCAAAUGUUCCCUCGCUACUGUUGAACAUGUCGUUGUAGACAUUCUUCAUCACAAAUCGGGCAUGUCUCUCGUCGCUUUUGUUAGCUUUGCGGGAGCGGUUUCCGACAGGAGCCUCCUUCUACCCAUUGAUGAUUCAAUACGUCCAUCCUUGGAGGCUAUACGAGCCUAUGUAAAGGCUCACGUUCCACCUUACAUGAUGCCUAGCAUAAUCUUGCCUAUCAGCCACAUGCCUUUCGUAACUUCCAUGAAGAUGGAUCGUAGGAAACUACUUGAUUUGGCAGCCAGCUUGUCAACGGAGCAAGUAUCAGGCUAUUCGCCCACAAAACAAGAACGGGCUGAGCCAAUAACGGAAAUGGAGAAAAAGCUGCUAGACUUAUCAGCAAAAGUCUUAAAAAUUGAUCCUUGUGAAAUCGGCCGGCAUGACAAAUUCUUGGAGAUUGGCGGUGAUUCAAUUACUGCAAUUCAGCUAGUAAACCUUGCUGGAGGAGCCGGCAUAAGUUUAACCGUGGCUGAUAUCUUUAAGGAUUCUCAGAUAUCAGUUUUGUCCUCACUGGCGAGCAGCCAGCAGCUAAACGAGGUUUCUCACCUUGAACCCUUCACUCUUUUGCCACCUACCAAGCAAGACAGCUUGUUGUCCGAAGUGUCUAGGCUCUGUGGCUUAGCCAACAAGGGCCUUGUGGAGGACGCAUAUCCAUGCACACAACUUCAACAAGGUCUCAUGGCGUUAUCCGUCAAGCAGCCAGGCUCGUAUCUUGCGAAGAACCUCUACAAGCUCCCACAACACGUCGAUAUAAAUCGAUUUAAAUCAGCGUGGGAACGCACUAUGGAAAUUUGUAGCAAUUUGCGAACGCGAAUUGUUCUUGUUGAUGGAACGGCUAUCCAGGUCAUUCUACGAAACUGCCACGACUGGGAAUCUUCCGAGAGUCUUGACUUAUCUACAUAUUCGCAAGAAGUGUCUGCAAUACGGGUGUGCUAUAGCUCUAAACUAGUUCGAUACGCAUUACGACAAGACGGCGGAGAUAAUUAUUUCGGUCUCACUAUGCAUCACAGCAUAUUCGAUGGCUGGUCAAUGGGUUGUAUCAUGGGAACGUUGGAUUCCAUCUAUCGAGAAAAUGAGCCACCAUCAUUAGCUCAGUAUGCUCGCUUUGUCAAGUAUACUAUGGAACUUGAUCGCGAUGCCGCUCGGAAAUAUUGGCUAGAGCAGCUUCAUGAUGCCAAAUGCGCUUCUUUCCCUUCGAAUGCGAAGACAACCUCUUCUGUCAAUCCGAUCACUGGCUACGUCAGCAAGACAGUGGACAUUAGCAACUAUCCCAAGACCUCUAUUACUAAAGCAUCAAUUAUCAGAGCUGCAUGGGCUAUCGUCCUCGCCCGCUAUUGCGACGCAAACGAUGUAUGCUUUGGGGCCACUGUUUCGGGCCGGAAUGCAGCUCUCGUUGGCGCUGAUUCAAUGCCUGGAGUUAUGCUUGCAACAGUUCCAGUUCGUGUUCGGCUUGACAAAGACCAGGAAAUAUCGGAUUAUCUUGGCAAUAUUCAGCAUCAAAGCAGCGAGAUGGUUGCGCAUGAACAAUUUGGUCUGCCCAAUAUCUCUUCGCUCGGUGCCAAUGCCAAAGAUGCCUGCAACUUUUCCUCUUUACUUGUCAUCCAGCCCGCUGGAUUUUUCACAGGGGGAAGUCAAAACUCGGAUGCGAUUCUGAUAGAUGAUAGUUCCGAACAGGAAUUGGAAGAUAGGAUUCAAAACUUCAUCAACUAUCCUCUUGUAGUACAGGGUCGUCUAUACGACAAUAAAGUUGAGAUUGUUCUCAUGUACAACACGGAAUGCAUGGCCAAAUCUCAAGCUGUGGCUGUUUCCGAACAAUUGGACAACGUAAUUCAACAGCUGCUUUCCAAUACUAAACAAACCUUGAGAAUCAUAUCUGUCGCAAGCCCUUGGGAUCUUCAGCAAGCAAUUAAUUGGAAUACGGCAAGACUUGAACCUGUCAGCGAAUGCCUCCAUGACCUUGUCUCGAAACAAGCCCAGCGGCGACCAGGGCACGAAGCAAUUUAUUUUACCGGGGGAAGCAUUUCCUAUGCCGAACUCGAUCUUCUUUCUUCGCAACUCGCGAUUUUCCUAAGCGAAAAGGGCGUCAGCUUGGAGUCGUUUGUGCCGAUAUGUUUCGAAAAAUCACCAUGGGCCAUUGUUGCCAUGCUUGGUAUACUCAAGGCCGGUGGUGCUUUUGUCCCAUUAGACCCAAGCCACCCUGUUGCUCGUCGCCAGGCAUUGAUUAAAGAGAUCGGAGCUCAAAUCAUGAUUGCGUCUUCCUUUAAUGCAACCGAGUGCGCGCAGAUGACCAAGACUGUUAUUGAACUCUCACCCACUCUGAUAUCAUAUCUAUCUGGCAUUAAGAAGACUAAAAUCGCAAAUACAGCUACACCAUCAAGCGCAGCUUAUAUGCUCUUCACGUCGGGUUCCACCGGCAAGCCUAAAGGCGUCAUUGUCGAACAUCAGGGCAUUUGCACGUCUCUGUUGGGCGAACACAAAGCAUUCAACACCAAUGAAAACUCACGCUGGUUCCAGUUUGCCAAUUACGUCUUCGACGCUUGUAUUACCGAAAUAUUUGCUGCGUUAACAGCUGGAGGCACUGGAUGCGUGCCCACCGAGGCAGAGCGAAUGCAUCAAACCUCAAAGUUCAUAACAGAUGCGCAAGUCAAUAUCACUUUGUUAACACCAACGGUCGUCAAAACUCUAGCACCUGAAUCACUGCCUUCACUCAAGACGCUUAUACUUGGUGGUGAAGCUGCGUCAAAAGAUAUUAUCGAGACAUGGUAUGGACACCUGGAUCUGCGCAACGCCUAUGGCCCUGCGGAAGCUUGCAUUGCUUCCUCCGCUCAUAUUUACACAUCUGCUACGGAUUCUGCUACAACUAUCGGGCGUGGAUUCGCUCAUCAUUGCUGGAUUGUAGAUCCUGAAGAUUGCCAGCAACUUGCACCCAUUGGCUGUAUUGGUGAGCUUUUGGUGCAGGGCCCUGCUUUAGCACGAGGAUAUUUCCAAAAUGACAGCAAAACCAAGAGUUCGUUUGUCGAAGAUGUCACCUGGCUACCGAUAGAAAAGACAAAAUUCCGACGAUUUUACGAAACGGGAGAUUUAGUUCGAUACGGCGACGAUGGGAUUAUGGAAUACCUAGGGAGAAAGGAUACACAAAUCAAAGUUCGAGGACAACGGAUAGAAGUGGGGGAGAUUGAAUAUCAGAUGAAGAAGCUGGAAACCACAUUCGAACAUGUUGCUGCAGAUGUCAUCCAUGAGAAGCAUCUCGCAGCAUUUGUGAGUUUCGGGAAUGGAAGAAACAUGGACGACGCGACAGAAAAUGUCAAAUUGUUGAGCAGAGAUGAUGGUAUGGGAGAAUUAUUCUCUCAGUUAUUGGCUAAUUUGAGCCUCAUUUUGCCUCAGCACAUGAUACCAUCAUACAUCAUACCAGUGGCAUAUAUGCCUCACAAUAGUGCCGGCAAACUUGAUCGAAAACUACUUCAGCAGACAGUAUCUCAGCUGUCUAUAGAUGAGCUGGCUCAAUACCUGUCUGGUCAGCGAAAGACCUUCCGCGAGUGUUCCAAUGAGACUGAGUUUUGGAUUCGGUCACAAUGGGCGCAUGUGUUGAAUCUUCCCGCAGAAUCGAUCAGUGUCGACGAUAAUUUCUACCAUCUAGGUGGUGAUUCCAUUCGUAUCGUCACCCUUGCCAAAGCCAUUCUUAACGAGUAUGAAGUUACUUUAGGCCUUUCUAUUCUAAACAGCAAGCAUACAACAGUAAGCAGCAUGGCCAAGUUUGUCGAAAAUGCCCGCGAAAAUGCCACUGAGGAUAGGCCAACCGUGGAUCUCAUGGAAAAGAUACAAUCGAUUAUCAAAGGAAUCUCGGCUAAUACAUCGAACAAUUUGGCUAAACACCCGAUUGUGAAGCCAUCUCAGAAAUCGACCGUCUUUCUUACAGGCGCCACAGGAUUCUUGGGAACGGAACUUCUCCGACAGCUGUUGCGCAAUACCUCAAUCAAAUCCGUCAUAGCACUUGUUCGGUGCAAUUCACCACAGCAUGGACUGGAGCGAAUCAGAGCAACGGCUCAGGCAGCUGGAUGGUGGAAUAAGCACGACGCGACGAAGAUCGAGGUUUGGGUCGGCGACCUGAGUAAACACCAGCUAGGACUAAACGCAUCUCAAUGGGAGCGACUUUCGGGAAUAUCUAGGCACCACGGCAAUAUCGACGCCAUUGUCCACAACGGCGCCGUGGUCAACUGGAAUGCGGAUUACGAUAAGCUUGUGGCGCCAAAUGUCAGCUCGACUAUUGAUCUGCUAAAUGCUGCUGCUUCGUCCCCGAUUCAUCCCCGGUUUGUCUUUGUUUCCGGAGGGCUGAAAACAGAUCCGGGGGAGAAACCAGCGGAAGUGGCUAAAAGGCUCAGUGGGCUGAACGGAUAUGUCCAAACCAAGUUUGUGUGCGAAGGCGUCAUUCAAGAUGUUGUAAAAAGCUUGCCGAAAGAGCAAAACAGGCUAUCCAUAGUCAAGCCCGGUCGGAUCAUUGGUUCAGAAAGUAACGGAGUCGCCAAUGUCGAUGACUUGAUUUGGCGCGUCGUUUCAGGAGCUGCCGCAAUACAUGCUUACCCGGUAGAGCCCUCGGAAAAUUGGAUGUACAUUGCGGAUGUUGGCAGUGUUGCUUCCACGGUUCUGAGUCAAGUCUUUCACGAGAAUGCCCUUAACUCUUUUGUCCAUGUGACUGGCGGAAUGCCAACACCAGUGUUCUGGGAAUUGGUCAAUGAAGAGUUGAAAGUCAAGUGCAAACCUGUGCCAUGGGCUGAAUGGAAACAGUUGGCACACACUUCCAUGGCUACAGUUGGAGACAAGCACCCUCUUUGGCCAGUUCAACACUUUCUGGGUGCUCUCGGUGCUCCAAGAUCAGAAAAGGAACUGACUACCGAGUCUAGAGAGCACAAGCAAUGGCAUAAGGCGGUCAAGAAGAAUGUGCAAUAUUUGAUGGAGAUUGGGUUUAUUGCAUUGUCUGUGGAGGAGCUAGGAAUUGUGAAGGAUGGUGCCAUUAAGCGGUUACAUUAG